AUGGACAAGAACCGCUACGACUCAAGGUUCCGGUACAGCGUAGAGCGGAGGAGAAGCCGGCAAAUCAGGGGACGGUUGCUUCAUGUAAUAACGGCUUUAAAAGACAACCAACCGCAGAUGGAUGGGGAAAAAAAGACUGGAUCAGAGAACGAGCCACAAGACAUGGAUCACGAUCAAGGACACCAUGACUCCAGAAUCACUUCAACUUUGGUCUGCGAUUUAAAUAAAGUUCUGAGCGAUGUUGUGUCCAUGUCAAAAACGAUGGAAAGACUGGGUGAUCGUGUCGUAUAUCUGGAUGGGGAGUUGCCAAAUUUUCUAAAAACGCAACAUCUUCCGUCUAUUAUUCCAAAAAAUCUAAUCGAACGACAGUUACUUAUAAAACCUUUUAAUGAACAAGUAGAUGUAGUCAGCUGCAAAUUUCUGCCAGAUGGAGAGGCUUCCAAAUGGUGGAAACGUAUCCGAGAUAUAAGCAUGCAAGUUGAUGAAAAAAGUCCAAUUAAUUGGCCUAAGAUGAAGAGGCUACUUAUGGCUAAAUUCCUUUCUCCUGAUUGUUAA